AUGAGGUCUUGUUCAGGGUUUGUCCGCAACCCAUCACAUGCAUUGUCUGUGAAGGGAGCUAACAGGCUUGUCGCUCGCGUAGCUUCUGCGCCUGCACCGCCUCUGCAGCAGACAACUUCAUAUUCUAAUCCUUCUGAGGGAAAGACUCUCCGUCGUCUCAUUCUUUUGAGGCAUGCUGACAGUGACCAAAACUCUGGUGUGCGAGACCAUGAUCGGCAGAUAAGCGAAACUGGGCGGAAGCAGGCUUCGCAGGUGGCUCAGUUGCUGAAAAGCAAGGGAUGGACUCCCGAUCUUGUUCUCGCCAGCAACUCCAAAAGGACAAAGCAAACCCUGGACGAAAUGUGCGAGGUGAUGGAUGAGCUAGGUGACGUCGAUGCACAUUAUUACGGCUCGUUAUACACGGUUGCAGCCCUGGAUGGUCAAACCCGUGAGCACAUUAUGGAGUGUCUGCUUGAGGUGGUGGACGACGUCCGGAACAAGGUGGUCAUGUGUGUGGGGCACAACAAGGGCUGGGAGGAGGCGGCUUCGCAGUUCAGUGGCACAGCAGUGAAACUCAAGACGGCGUCCGCAGCGCUGCUUCAGUGCUACAGCGCUUCCUGGAAGGAGGUACUGCAAGAUAGCGUACAGUGGCAACUUGUGGAGGUAUUAGUGCCGGCAGUUUGAGCAGCCCGGACAUUGGCGGUGGCAGGGCACUUCAGCAUGCGGAACCUGGCCGUCGCAAUUGUACAAAUCCCCAUCCCCAUCCCCAAGGAGCUUGAGGAGGUUUAUUCGUGGGUAGUGUGGGAGGCGGAGGCGUCGAUUACCUUUGACUUGUACAGGGCUAUUUCUUGGUCCUGUUUGCACCACUGCUGCAUCUCGGGGCAUUCUCCUUCCUUGCACUCUGCACCGUUCUUCCUUCCCUCCUUGUGGAGCUGUAUGUAGAGGUGUAUGCUGGUUACGAAGACGGACUGAGGUGUGGAGGAGGCUUGUUUAUGUUUUCGUCACCUAAAGCGCUUGUGGAUGCUUGCCGGGGGGCUUUACGAUUAUGCCUUGACGCGUUGGUGCAACAGGAAAAUUGGACGCGUGCCGUCCCCAGGUCAGGGUGUACAUCCAGCAGUAUCAACCGAGGUAUGACUGGUUCUUCCUUGCCUGUUCGGCAACUGGUGUACGUUGCUGAGACACGUGCGUUUUAAAUAACCGGGCUCGUUGACUCCAUGUACUUAAUGUAACGAUGCCCUUGGCUUUGUUGAAAGGCUGAGAGGUGCUGAGCCUACUGAGUAUGUAAAUGCCGUUGCUGGCGA